AUGGCAAGCUGGCCUCUCCCUGGCAGCUCUCAAGCUUUGCUCACCCUCACAAACGUCGGCUGGCAGUCGCUUAUCGACUACUUAUCAAGUCGUCACCGGGCUGCGGGAGUCUUCUAUGUCGUUCAAUACCCGGUAAUCUCAAAGGAGGACAGGGCACUGUUCCUUUCUGCGCUGUUCCAUGAAAUUUCUAUGACGGCGUUCUGCCUGGCAACUGCGACAAUCAAGCAUCCUCAUUCCAUUGUAGCGCCGAAAUGUUUCCGCGACCUAUUCCAGAUGUUCUACGACAACGAAGGGCAGGUCGACCCGCUCCUAAUCGAGAUCAAGGUUCAGGAUGGAGAAGGGGAAAGGGAUCGCGUCCUCAACCAAUAUGUUGAGGCCUGGUGGAUGCCUGGGAACGACCGGAUGAAGUUCAGCUUCGACGAAUUAGUGGCAAUUUGGAGGAGACAAUCUGCGACGCUCACGCGAACCUUGCCUUCUCCGCCACCCGCCACCGUUGUCCUCUCCGAGUUGACACUGGAUGCUCUGCGGGAAGCUCGAUCUUUGCUGAGGGCGUCGUUGGAGAUCGUCGACGAGGAAUUGAAGGCCAAUCGAGACGGCGCCAGGAGGGUGAGGUCGACCCUCCGAAUUUUGAAGCAGGAACAGGGUGAAGAUGCCGCAGACGCACCUGAACUGAGUGGGCUGGACCUCGACAUGGUCGCCCACUGCACCAAGCCGACUGAUCAGGAAGAAUGGAAGGACUUCUUUUUUUUUAUUGCCGACAGAAUUUACAUCGCAAUCCAGGAAGCACCCUCUAUGACCAUGGCUCGUGACCUCCGUAUUGAAUACGUCGUGCGAUUGAGUAUCGAGUUUCAGGCUGCCAUGUGGGUUCUAGGUGUGGUUUUGUCCGCAGAGGACAUUGGGCGGGACCUCAAUCUCGUGUCGUUCACUAAGGUGUUCCGCUGGAUGGAAAAUCGUGUUGUGCUGGAUGGGCUGUUUGCGGGGAAGAUACCUUCCGACCAGCUCGAAGUCGGGGACAGGAGGCACCGACCAACCUGGAUCGACACCCAAGUUUUUGGGUUUCGGACUGACCGACCACUGGAAGAGGUAUAUCAAGAAUGGCUGGAACUCCGCAUGGCGAGGCUGCCCCUUUCCACUCUUUCCCUUGAUGAUCUCGCAGUGCGCCGUCAGAAAAUCCUUCGCCAACUGAGGACACUGAUGUCCCUCAAGAAGGCUGCGGACGAGGAGCGAUCACGAUUGAAGGACCAAAUUAAAAGGGUUGCUUGUGUCCGUGAAAGGUGGAGCAAGCAUUGGGAGUCCGAGCUGGAGCAACUGAAUAAGACGUAUGAUUAG